AGCCUCCAGAUCACACGGUGGGAUAGAUGGGGUAUCACCAGUGUGCGGUCGGGCUGCCGCACUGAACCGGCGUAGCCUCUGUCUUUUUUUACUGUCACACGGUCUUUCUCCACAACAACGAUACACCAUGAAGCGGGGCUCCGUGGAGCCGUCGCUCCUCCAGGACUGUGGACUACGCGGUGGCGUUUGGGGGAUGAUGCGGGACCGAAGCUGGUGAUGGUGAACGCAGCUGUUUUUUUUCUUCUGAAAACACCGCACAACUUUCACUCCAGCUCUUCUUCGUCUUCCUCUCCUCCUCCUCCUUCUCGCUCUGCUCCUCUGUGUUUCUCCACAGCGCAACAGCAUGCAGACUGCCCCGAGUGAAGACAAGAUCCCGGUUGUGGAUUCAACUUCAGGCCCUCAGAGCAACGGUGAAGGCCUUUACUUCUCCGAUGGCCGACGGAAAGUCGACUACGUUCUGGUCUUCCACCAGCGGCGGCACGGCUCCAUACGGUCUCCCACCAGCACCUCAGUGUCGCAUGACAGAUUAUCCAUUGUUUCCAAUGGCAACUUUCCCCAGUCGGCGGGCUUGCACGCAGCCGCAGGAGUAGGAGGGGCCAUACCGGCAGGGGAGGCCGCAAAUGUCGACGAGGUGUUCAUGGAGUUGGGAUUUGCAGGAGGGAACGAGCCAGCAGAGCCGGCUGACCACGAGAUGCAUCUGAUCAGGCAAGAGUUUGAGGCCAACCUAUUGGAGGCCGGCCUGGAGAUAGAGAGGGACGGAGAGUCAAAGGCCCACGGCCCCAGCUUCACUCGCCUCCACGCCCCCUGGCCGGUGCUCUGCCGAGAGGCGGAGUUUCUCAAGAUCAAAGUCCCCACUAAAACGAGUUACGAGCUGAAGGAGGAAAGUGGUUUUGGGUCCAGCAUGAGCACAGUUUGGCAGAAACUCAAUCAACCGUUUCAGCCCAAAGUACCACAGCAAGACCACGGGCGCACCAAAUUUCUGUCCCACUGCUUCUCCAGGGACAAGCUCCACCUGUACAAUAUCACAUCUAAAGACACCUUCUUUGACAAUGCCACGCGGGGCCGAGUAGUGUACGAGAUCCUGAGACGAACAGUGUGCGUACGAACCUGUCAAACCAUAGGCAUCAGCACAUUGAUAGCUAAAGGCGUGUACGAUGCUGCCUUCCCUCUCCAUGAUGGUGACUUCAGGGUCGACGGAGACGCUGAUGACAGGAAUGACAGACAGGUCCUGCACGAAGAGUGGGCCAGAUACUCCGCCUUUUACAAGUACCAGCCCAUUGAUCUAGUCAGAAAGUACUUUGGGGAGAAGAUCGGCCUGUACUUCGCUUGGCUUGGAGUUUACACCCAGUUGCUCAUACCAGCCUCCAUCGUGGGGAUCAUUGUGUUUGGCUAUGGGGUGGCGACGGUGGAUACCAACAUACCCAGCCUGGAGAUGUGCGACGAGCGUCUCAAUUUCACCAUGUGUCCUCUGUGUGACGGAGCCUGUGACUUCUGGCGGCUCAACACUGCCUGCGGCACCGCCAGAGCCUCGCACCUCUUCGACAACCCCGCCACCGUCUUCUUCGCAAUCUUCAUGUCUCUGUGGGCUGUGCUGUUCCUAGAGCACUGGAAGCGUCGUCAGAUCAGUUUGAGCUUCAGUUGGGAUCUGACAGGCAUCGAGGAGGAAGAGGAACAUCCCAGGCCAAGGUAUGAGACCAUCCUUCGGCAGAAGAGACAGAGGAAGCAGAAAAACAAGAAGCACAAGAAAAAAACGAGUGAGCCAGACAAGCAGGAGGCCGGGACAGUGAGAGGGAAGGACAGAUGGAGACAAAAACUGCUGUCUGCCAUGGCUGCAGGAAUACCGACCGCCAUUGACAAGUUGACCUGGAAAGACCGUCUUCCUGGAUACUUCAUCAACGUCUCCUCCAUCCUCUUUAUGUUUGGGCUGACGUUUUCUGCGGUUUUCGGGGUCAUCGUCUACCGCAUCGUGGUGUCAGCCCUGAUGGCGAUGAGCCCCGACCCGGAGACCAAGUCCAACGUCCGGGUGACGGUGACGGCCACCGCGGUCAUCAUUAACCUGGUGGUUAUUCUAAUCCUCGAUGAGAUCUACGGAGCUGUGGCGUUGUGGCUCACUGAGUUAGAGAUUCCCAAAACUGAAACCAACUUUGAGGAGCGUCUCAUCCUCAAAGCCUUCUUACUCAAGUUCAUGAACGCAUACGCACCCAUCUUUUAUGUGGCUUUCUUCAAGGGACGGUUUGUGGGUCGACCUGGAAAUUACGUGUACGUCUUCAACGGUUAUCGGAUGGAAGAGUGUGCCCCAGGAGGCUGCCUCAUCGAGUUGUGCAUUCAGCUCAGCAUCAUCAUGCUCGGGAAGCAACUGAUCCAGAACAACAUCUUUGAGAUCGGCAUCCCGAAGCUGAAGAAGCUGGUGCGCUCGCUGAAGGAUAAAGGCUCAGCCGAGGAGGAGCGGGAGGAGGAGCGGCCUCCGCAGCAGUGGAACCUGGACUACGCUCUUGCUCCCUUCGAAGGCCUCACGCCUGAAUACAUGGAGAUGAUCAUCCAGUUUGGUUUCGUCUCCCUGUUCGUGGCGUCGUUCCCCCUCGCUCCUCUCUUCGCCCUGCUCAACAACGUCAUCGAGAUCCGACUGGACGCCAAGAAGUUUGUCGCGGAGCUACGCAGGCCAGUGGCCAUACGGGCUAAAGACAUUGGUAUAUGGUACAACAUACUGAGUGGAAUGGGGAAGUUCUCAGUCAUUAUAAAUGCCUUCGUGAUCUCCUUCACAUCAGACUUCAUCCCCCGGCUGGUCUACCAGUACAUGUACAGUCAGACUGGCACCAUGCACGGCUUCAUUGACCACACACUCUCCCACUUCAAUGUGUCCAGUUUUAAACCGGGCACGGCACCGCACAACUCCGGAGACAUCACCCUCUGCCGGUACAAAGACUACAGGGAACCCCCCUGGUCCCCGGACGCCUACCAGUUCUCCAAGCAGUACUGGUGCGUCCUCGCUGCAAGACUGGCCUUCGUCAUAUUGUUCCAAAACCUUGUGAUGUUCCUCAGCCUCAUGGUCGCCUGGGGGAUCCCCGACGUCCCCAAAACCAUCAUGCAGCAGCUCAAACGGGAGAAGAAGCUCCUGGUCGACGUCUUCUUAAGGGAAGAGAAGGAGAAGUUCCAGCUCAUCCAGAGCCUAUUCGCCAAGGACACCACCCACCAACAGCCAGGCAGCAAAAGGCCCCAUGCAGGACAGGGCUUCGCCGUCCCUGGCCGCUACAGUACUCUACCCCCAGGCCCCACGCAGGCCUCGUCCGGAGAUGGAGGAGGAGGGCAGAGGGCAAGGUGUCGGGCCGCCAGCUUCAGCCAGGUCACCAGGAAGACUCUGCCGACGAAUGAAAACGAGAAUUCGAAACACACAGCGGUGUGACAACGCACACACACACACACACGUGGGGGGGUCCCUCAGCUGGGCCUCGGGACUGUGUUGCUCGGGGUGAUUUGGUCUGUAUACGUCUUUGCCUGUGUCUCUCGUGUCCUGGUGUGUGAGACGCAGUAGUGCCGUGAUUGAAGACAUCGCGGCCUCAUUUUCAAAAACGUGACAUUAGAUUCAUUGGCCUCAGUUUGGUCAGACGUGCAAUGUGCACACGGGUCCAAUGUUGUACUCCGAUUUCGCUCCGACUGUUCGCCCAAUAGUGUUCCCAUUUUUACUUUUUGGUAAAAAAUAAAUAACUUAGUGAGGAACACUAGCUUCAUAGCGUAGACAAGCAAUAAUAGCUGUAUUAGGCUGAACAAUGUAGUGUGACAGGAACCUGGGAGAGACAAGACAGAUGUAUGAACCGAUGGACAGAUUCAGUAAUGAACUGGUGGAUUGGUGGAUGUUGUGGCUCAGACUUUUCUUGCUAUAUAUGUGCUUAUACUAUUUAUGUAAUUUUGUUUGAUAACAAAAUUUGUAGCAGCUCCAACAUUCCACAUUUCCCCUUUUUUUCAAUACUCGUUACUGAGAGCACACAAGCCUCAUAGAAGAGAAAAUACGUUUUUUGUUCUUUACACCAUCAGCUGUCUUCGAGCUAAUUUUUUUCCCUCCACAGAAUUCAGGAAUCACUUUGAAUCGGUUCGCUGGUCAUUGCCCAGCUCCUGCUCAUUGUCUCCCGCCUCGACCUACAUGUUGAUGGAUGGACGCACAUGCCAACGUGGCACAUCGUUGUGUGCCACUAUUUCAUUCCAGUCCGAGCUGCCGUUUUAGAAUUAGAUGGAUUGCGGAGCAUGUUUCCUGUUAGCCGUAUGAAUGGCUUUUUUUUUUUUUUUUACAGCUGUAGCUGCUUAUUAGACACUUACACAAUACCACUGAAUGCAAAGCGAAAGCCACAAAGUGUGAAUAGCAGAGAGCAAGACAGUAUUUCAAUUUUUUUUUUGUCACAUCAUAAGCAUUCAUUCAAAAUAAAAUACCUGUACCUACAUGUAUACCUGAACAGAAGAAGAGCUCACAUUAGAAGUUAUAAUUGUGCAAAUUCUGGCAGCCAUAUUGGGGGUUUGUCGAUUAUCAGCCCCAUACACAGAUUUCAUCUUGGUUAGUUUCUGCUCCUCGCUUGAUGUCACUCUUCGUCCUUGUUAUUUCAACAAGUGCUGUUUGCUCCACAUGAUGCAAAUAUGGAGUUCUAGCAUCUUCGACAGAUGCGCAGCACUCCAAUAUCUACACAAGGUAUUGGACCAUUCAAAUAACAUUGGGAAUCCCAAUCAAAAAUCCAGGCCCCCUUUGGGAAUGCGAAAUUAGAUUGCUCUCUCUUGGCAUAAGAAUUAAAUUAAACUUGAAUUGAAUUAAGUUUGGUAAGUCAAAACAAACACCAAGCAUAUAUACUCUGUUCUGAUUCCUUGGCUACCAAUUAACUGAUUUAUUUCUGUUCAACUUCAAGCGUGGGUGUGUUGACAGAUCUGAUCCACUCUGCUGUCUUGUUGUUCAGAUGAGACGUACACAUUUUUUUUCUGGUUUUACACAGUGAGCGUCUUUCAAUGGAACUGCUGUGCGCCGUCUCUGAACAGCAUAUCCAGUUCUAUUUACGUUAGAGGGCCGGUAAGCGAUUUUGGAGAAAGCUUGUCUCUCUCUGUCGUUUAGAGCACUGACACGUCCUCGAGCCGUAGCGUCAUUUGCUUGCACGUUUAAGGUGUCGGGGAGUGAUGUUUACAAACUGCACACCUGGUGUUGUGUAGUUCAGUCCGCACCAUUUUUGUUUUGUUUUCAAUUUACAGAGCCAGGGCCGAAAAAAACAGAUCCCCCCCAUAUAUAAAAUGUAUAUGUAUAAAAUCGCUUACUGCCCCUUUAACAUGCUGUGAACCCUCAGUGCUGUUUCAGAGGCCUUGUGACUGCUCUUGCAUUUCUUAUACAACAUUGCAUCUCCGUAUAGUACUGCAGGACAGACUGUUAACUUUCAAUGUAUUCACGUGGACUCUAGACAAGGACAUUGUGAUCGGUGGUGUUUUACUGGAUUUUGUCACUCAAGACAGGAAAUGUUCACCCUCAUCUGAUUCUCACCGUACUUAAGCUGUUCAAGAAGUUCCUAAAUACAUGAUUGUUGACGGAUUGUGAAAUAGUUUGUACAUGUGUGAUCUUUUUGCUUGUAUCUCAUUGGUCUGUUCUUUUCUAUUUUCUACCUUGGCCUUUUUUUCCUUUUUCCCGGAGAGUUAUAGUCCUUAUAGUGAGUUUCCCGGCCAAAGGAAAAAAAUAAUACAUUUACAAGGCUGAAGUGUCUGAGCUUCCUGGUACAGUAUGUGGCACUGACCAAUUAGCAGCACUGUAUUCAGAUGAUCCCACGUGUACAAGCAAGGAGAUGCAUUUUAAAUAUAUAUGAAAUCAUC